AUAAAUAUUUUUAUCAAGCCGAGGCACAAAAAGUAUUUUAGUGAGAUUAGUAUUUUUUUAGACACGAUCCCAUUAUUUAAUGCUCAACAUGAAUUGUGGAAACGAUUUAGUACCCAAAAUAGUGGUUUUAGGAUCAUGUAGUGUAGACUUUACAACUUAUGCUCCCAGACUUCCAAAACCUGGAGAGACAAUUAUUGGUAGUAAAUUUACAACCAGCUAUGGUGGGAAAGGUGCAAAUCAAUGCGUAGCUGCGACAAAAUUGGGCGGAAAUACAUCAAUGAUAUGCAGACUAGGUGACGAUCGAUGGGGCACCCAAUAUAAACAAUAUCUUAAGGAUAUUGGCGUUGAUGUGACUUACGUUCACAUAACACCGAAAAUUACUACAGGAAUAGCUCAGAUAUCUGUGGCAGAAAGUGGGGAAAAUCAAAUAGUCAUUGUGCCCGGUUCUAAUGGUUAUCUAAGCAAAUUGGAUGUGAAAGAAUCUGCUGAUCUUAUAAAAAGUGCAGAUGUUCUUAUCGGUCAACUGGAAACUCCAUUCGAAACUACCUUAGAAGCAUUUAAAUUGAACAAGGGGAUAAAAUUAUUAAAUGCAGCACCAGCUCGUGAAGAUAUUGAAGAAAUACUACCUUAUUGUUCAAUAUUAUGUGUAAAUGAAUCUGAAGCCUCAAUACUUACAAAACUUGAUGUUGAUAUUUCAAAUGCUGUAACUGCUCUGGAAAAACUAUUGGAAACCGGCUGUGAUACUGUUAUUAUUACUUUAGGAGAAAAGGGAGCUGUCUAUUCAUCGAAACAUGAACCAACCCCAUUACACGUGUUAUGUGACCCAGUGACUCCUGUUGAUACUACUGGAGCUGGUGAUGCUUUCGUGGGAGCUCUUGCCACGUUUCUAGUUACGCAGAAGAACUAUUCAUUGCAUCAAAUUAUUGGAGCUGCAUGUGAAGUCGCUACUAUAUCAGUUACGAAGGAAGGCACGCAAACCAGCUAUCCCACAAAAUUAAAUCCUUUUAAUAAAGAAUUUAAGUAUUUGUACCUAUAACAUAAAUAUUGUUUAAAUAAAACAAGUUUCAUCUAAACCA